AUGACGACGUCUUUGGAAAGUUUCGAAAGGUGUUGUCGACUUUGCGCAGAAGAGCAAGAAGUUACUAUAAUGAUAUUCAGUGAAGAAGCUGAAGCAAUGUUACUUCAGAAUAAACUGAAUAAAUAUUUAUUAAUUGAGGUUGAUGAAGAUGAUAAACUACCAAAAACAAUUUGUAUUAAAUGUUGUUCUAAGUUGCAAACAGUGUGUGAUUUUAUUGACACAGCUAGGAAAGCACAAGAACUUUUGCAGAACCAAAGUCUAUUACUAGAACAAAAUGAUGACAUGGAUACAUUUAAUACAAAAAUAAAUGAGGAACCAGAAAUUGAAGAAGAAACUAAAUUUACAGCUAUGGAGGUUAGUGUUGACCCGAUGAUGGUUUUACAAAAUUCUGAGGAAGGUAACUCACCAGAUAUUGAAGAUAAUGAGUCCAGAGAACAGGAUGUGACUUAUUUGCAUGGAGUUGAUGGAGAAGAUGUAACUAUAAAACUUAUAAAAAAAGGUGAAACAGGUGAAGACAUGAAAGAUUUUAUUAAGCCUUUUAAGUGUCCUUCAUGCUAUAGAAGUUAUUUUACUGAGCUAGCACUAAAAAAUCAUUCUUGGAUACACCUUAAUGAAGAAAAAAAUGUCAAACCUUUUAAAUGUAGUUCUUGUGGAGAACAGUUUGAUUACAAAAUUGAAUUAUUGAUACAUUUGAAAACUCAUCGAACUAGUGGAAUGUGCCUAAUAUGUGGGAGAAUCUUCAGAAAAGAAAGAAAUUUAGCAGCACAUGUGGCAGCACAUUCAUCUACAAGUAAUAAAUCUUUCACAUGUAAAAUAUGUGGAAGAUCAUACAAUACGAGCAGUAAUUUAAAAACUCAUAGUGUUACACAUAGUAAUGAAAGGCCUUAUAAGUGUCAUUUCUGUAAAAAAAGUUUUAAAAGGAACCAAGAUUUAAAGUUUCACAUAAAUCAACACACUGGUGCAAAGCCUUAUAAAUGCCCAUACUGUGAUAAGUGCUUUGCAAGUUCGGGCAAUUGCUACUCUCAUAAAAGUCGCAUGCAUCCAGACAGAGAAGGAGUUGAAGACCAAUUUAAAAGAAGACCACCUGUGGUUACUCAUGAAGGUCCCAUAAAAUUGCGGCCAAUUGCACCAAAGCCUAGCCUUAUUCAAGUGAAACCUAUUAUAAAAUAUCAAUGCACUAUGUGUGAUCAUAGCUUUUUGAAGAGAGAUAAUUUUACGUACCACAUGUAUCAACAUACAGGCGAAAAACCAUUCCAGUGUACUUUUUGUAAUGCCAAAUUCGUUACCAGAAAAGGCCUUUGGCUUCAUUAUGACAAGUCGCACCCAGGGAAGGAUCGCCCAUUAGCCUUAUUGUCCAAAAAUAUCUUAUUGAAA